UUUCCACUUUUCCCUAGUUUUUUUGUUUUCCCUCUUUUUAUUUUUUGAACCUUAAUGUUUUUCUCUCUCUUUCUCUCCUCGCUUCCAAACAUUUUUUAAAUUAUAAACUCAUCCCGCUGAACUACCUAAAUAAAAAUAAAUCCUUUAUUCAAAUGUCAACCAGGGGCAGCUACGGGCAGCAGGUGCCAGACCUUACGCGCCGGAGCAACGGUUCUCAGGGCAUUGUUCCAAGCAGACAGAGCGCGACAAAUCUGGUUCGCGAACGACACGAAUUCACUCGGCUGCAGCUGAUUGACGAUGAGCAAAACUUUUCAGAAGAGUUGCCAAAUUAUAUGCAGAACAAAUGGGGUCUGGAGGAUAGCGGGUUCAACUACGAUGUGGUCGCGGUGUUUGGAUCGCAGAGCACAGGCAAAAGCACGCUGCUGAAUCGGCUGUUUGGCACGCGAUUCGACGUGAUGAACGAGGGGCAGCGGAAGCAAACAACACGGGGAAUCUGGGCAGACCGCGGUACAGACGGCAUGCCUAUCCUCAUUCUGGACGUAGAGGGCACUGACGGGCGCGAACGCGGCGAGAACCAGGACUUUGAGCGCAAGAGUGCGCUGUUCUCGCUGGCGAUCAGCGAGGUGCUGAUAGUUAACAUGUGGGAGACGAUGGUCGGGCUGUACAACGGCGCCAACAUGGGCCUGCUGAAGACCGUAAUGGAGGUUAACCUGCAACUGUUUGGCGGAAAUCGCAACAGUAAAACGCUGCUGUACUUUGUCAUUCGCGACCACGUCAGCUCGACACCGCUGAGCAGCCUGGCGGACACGCUGAACAUCGACCUGCAACGAAUCUGGGACGGGCUGAGCAGGCCUGACGGCCUGGAAAAUGCGCAGCUGAGCGACUACUUUGACGUUCGGUUCACAUCGCUGUCGCACAAGAUGCUGCAACCAGAGAACUUUGAGCGCCAGGCGCUGGAUCUUCGGCGCCAGUUUACGGACAAGAAGAGCGAUGACUACGUGUUCCAACCGGCGUACAAGCGGCGGGUGCCCGCAGAUGGGUUCCCGAGGUACGCGCAGGCCGUGUGGGAGAAGGUUGUGAGCAACAAGGACCUUGAUCUGCCGACGCAGCAGGAGCUGCUGGCGCAGUACCGGUGCGACGAGAUUGCCGCCAUGGCUAUUGGCCCAUUCCGCGAGGCCGUUGAGUUGCUCAGGCCGCGGGUGCAGCGUGGGCAGAUUGUUGACGAGCUCGGCGACGUGUCACGCAAGGCGCGUACACAGGCCAUUGGUGCGUUCGACGAGCAGGCUGCGCGGUACCACUCGGAGGUGUACCAGAAGAAGCGCGCCGCGUUCGUGCAGACGCUGGAUAGUGAGCUGCACGCGAUGUUCCUGAACCAGGUCAAGAACGCGCUGACGCUGGCGGCCGAGACCUUUUCCAGCCAGGGCUUCCGCGCGCUGGAGGAGGGCGCUAACGAGGGUCGCGGGUUUAACGAGACCGUUGGCGCUGUGCGGGUCCAUAUGGAGGAGCAGUUCAUAGCGACAGUCAGGGCACUUGCCGUGCCCGGCGUGUCGUGGUCGUUCGAGACCGAGAUCGAGCAGCUCGAGGCGCAGCUCGAGGCAAUUAUGGCGAAGUUGCGCAAGGCUGAAAUGGAGCGCGUACUGGAGCGGCUGCGGCGCGACGCGCGCGAUGCUGUGACUGAGUCCGUUGCGGAGCACCUUGGCAACCCGGACGAUGGCAUGUGGGCGGGUGUCAUGGCAGGCUUCGACGCAGCCUGUGUGCAGGCCGACUCACAGCUGAUCAAGCGCAUGGACGCGGCUGGCGUCGAGCCCCAGGCGCGGUCGGCGCUCGGGCGCAAGCUGCACCAGUUGCUGUGGGACGAUACUGCCGAUGUGUUGCGCGAGGAGGUGGCCGACCAGAUGGUGCUGCUCAAGCUGCGGACGGCGCUGGAGGACCGGUUCCGCUACGAUGCAGCGGGGCUUCCGCGUGUGUGGCGGCCAACCGAUGACAUUGACGCGGAAUUUGCCACGGCGCGCUCGGCUGCUCAGGCGCUGCUUCCCAAGUUUAGCAAGGUGGACAUCAGUGGCAGCAUCAAGCUGCGCCGGCCUGCGGACUUUUUCCCGGCCGGAUACGACUUUGCGCGCACCCUGGUUCUUAUUUCACCAGCGCGGGCGCGUGAAGUGGGCAAGCGGUUUGGGCGCGAGGCCGAUGCGCUGUAUUUGGAGGCCAAGCGGGCAAUGGUAACGACACAGAACCAGGUGCCCAUGUGGGUGAUUGCGUUGCUUGUCAUGCUGGGAUGGAACGAGGCAAUGACUGUGCUGUUCAACCCGAUUUAUUUGAUUCUCGUUUGCUUGAUUGGCGGCGCAGCCUUCGUUGUGCAUAAUUUGGGCAUGUGGGGCCCUCUUUUGCGCACCGUCAAUGGGCUUGCUGGGAUGGCCAACGACCAUGUACACCAUUUGCUCGUUGAGGCUGUCAAUCGCACUGAGCCUGGGCGCCCUGGAGCCAAGGCUUCUACCGUUGGGAGCGGCAGUGACAAUCUGCUAGCUAGGAAGAGCAGCAGUGUGCGCAUCUCCGAGAAUAUUGAGCUGGAGCCGCUCGGCGAAGGCAAUAUGGCGCCGUCUUCGGCUGGGUUGACCGAUACUGAUAACAGCAGCCGGUACGUAUCGCGGAGUAACAGUGGUUUUAUUUCAUCCUGAAUUCUCUCUCCUUUUUCUUAUAUUCACCCUCUAUUAUAUUCUUUUCAUAUUUAUACAUACAUACACACGCAUGCAAAUUAUAUCAUUCAUCGAGGAAAAAAGUAUACAUGUCGCGGGAUAUGCCAUUGCCAAGCGUAAAUGUGUGGCAUAAAUAACUUUAGCAA